AUGGCACUGACUAUGGAACGUGUUGCUAUUGAUAAAUCUGGUACUCUUAGAUCAUUUUAUGAUGGAUAUCGAGAUACUGUAAAAGGAAAACUAAUUGGUAACUUCACGACAAAAUUUAUUUCAUGUAAAGAAUCACCAACAUGCUUAUUAAUCGAGGGUCGUACGCCUGAAAGUCAAAAUCUACUUGCAUUGAUGAAAUUCGACGCUGAAUUACGAUUGAGUAUAUACCUAAAGCUGGUUCCAGUGAAUGAAAUUGCUUCAUUGAUUAAUUAUCCUCGACGCAUUGAUAAAUAUACUCGUUUCUUAUAUUUUCAUCAGAGAACAUACACGGAAUCGUGUCAAGACAACUUGGACAACUUACAAACACCGUCAUUUUCUAAAACAUUUGCUACACAUAUUAUCACUGAAGUUGACUGGGGUAUAAAUAUUGUUAUUGUGCUGCAAUUAGCACCUGAUCAAGCUAUAAAGAUUGACUCCAUACUUGAAAAAAUAUGUAUCUCUUUAACACAUGAUACACAUGCGAUGAACAUGGAUGAAGAUGAAAAAGAUUUAUGUGAUAAUAUCAUAUCAACAACAGUCUAUUCGAAUAUAGAUGAGUUUACGAAAUUAACGAAAUUAGUUGAUGUGUAUCGGAAAAUAUUCAAAUUAAAGAAAGUUCGAAAUGAACAUCAGCGAUUAAACUACAUUCUGUAUCCGAUCAAAACUUUAUAUCCUGAAUGUAGUGAAGAUAAAGUAACAUUCAAGUUAGUUGAUCAGUCUGCUGCGGAAGCGUUAGAAUUCUAUUUACUUCAACAAUUCAAUGAACUUAAACUAUUACAUUUACGUCUUAAUCAUGAAUUACCUGAUCUAUUACAAGAUAAACUAGAAAAAAAGUUGAAAGAGGCUCAUAAAUAUCUUCGAGAAAUAAAUGAAAUGCAUGAACAACAACUUCAACAAAUUCGUGAAUUAGUCAUAGAAAUUCGCAAAGGAAUUAAUGUACAGAUUUCUAUUGAUAAACUAACCGAAUUAUAUUCACAAACAACAAUCAGCAAUUCUAUACAAAAAUUAACUAAAAUUCUUGAGAAAUUGGAAUCGAAAGGUGAAUUCAUUAAGAAUUUACAAAACGAUGGAUUUGAAUACUGUAAUGUUGCAAAUCUAGGCAUUGAAGAUAGAUUAGAACGAAGUCAAAUUCAAGAUAUACUUAUUGGUAAUGAUUCCAACAAAGUUAUAUUUCUUUCAAACGAUAAAUUUAGAGAUAAUGAUAAACAAACUUGGAUUGAAUUAUAUUCUGAAAUAAGCGAAGAACGUAAAAAGAAUCGUCAACUACGCCUUGUCUAUGCUGAUUUCACUUAUUCAACAUAUACAUUAAAAAAGAUGACUAUUGCCUUAUCGAAAGAUAUGAGAGCAAAUCAAAACCUAUCGAAUUUUCAAUCAUCUGAAAGUGAUGCGAAAAGAAAAUUUCCUUCUCCAACAUUUCCACCAUCGUCAGCUAAGAAGUUUGUUAAUAUACUUCUUCUUGGCGAAUCGGGUGUUGGUAAAUCAACUUUCAUUAAUGCUUUUGCUAAUUAUCUUCAUUUUCAAACUCUUGACAAAGCUCAACAAGGAAAACCAAUUGUUAUCAUACCUGUUUCAUUUAUAAUGACAAUUAAUGAUAAUUUUGAUGAAAAAAUAAUCAAAUUUGGUGAUAUUGAUUCAAAUGAAAAUUAUAAUGAUAUAGGUCAAUCAGUAACUCAAAAAUGUAAAUCUUAUGUUUUUAAUAUUUCUAAUGAAAAAAAAUUAUGUAUUAUUGAUACACCUGGUUUUGGUGAUACACGUGGUAAUAAGCAAGAUAAUCUUAAUAUGGAAGAAAUAUUUUCUUUUCUUCAUAAUAUUCCUUAUCUAAAUGGUAUAUGUCUUUUAUUUAAACCUGAAAUUAUAGAAUUACAUCCUUAUUUUCAUUCUUGUUGUACUCAAUUAUUUGAUUAUUUUGGUGAAAAUAUUCGUGAUUAUUUUAUAUUUUGUUUUACUAAUGCUCGUUCAACAUUCUUUGCUCCAGGUAACACACGAACAUUAUUAGAAACAUUCUUCGACUCAUUUCCUAUAAAGAAUAUUCCUUUUAAGAAAAUGAAUACAUUUUGUUUCGAUAGUGAAGCAUUUCGAUAUCUAGUUGCAAUACAAAAUUCAAUUAAGUUUGAUCCCAAUGAAAGAAAUGAAUUUGAACAAAGUUGGUUAAAAUCAGUUGAUGAAUCGAAACGUUUUCGUGAUUUUCUUUGUAAUCAAUAUUCAUAUCGUCAAAAUAAUGAAUGGCAAUCAAUUAAACAUGUUCAAUUUCAAAUUAAAAACAUAAUUCGUCCAAUAUUAGAAACUUUGCGAAAUCAUCAGCGAAAUAUGAUUUUGUAUAAGCACAAUGCAUCCAUUCAACUAAAAGCAACACAUAUGAAACAACCUACAAUGAUCUGCUAUGCAUACAAUCGUCAUCCUGAGAAUUAUGGAAAUAUUUGGAUAAUGCCAGAUUAUGUGCAUCAUUCAUUGGGCACGUGUACAUCACAUGAACAAAAACCAAUUGAAUAUACACUCAAUUAUGAAUUUCUUAACCAGAAAGUUGAUGAAUCAAUGGAUGAUUUACAACAUCAAUGUGAUGGUAUUUAUGAAAUAUGUACAAAAUUAUCUUACUAUUUAAUGAAAACAUCUCCGAAUACGAAAGAAGAUCUAUUUCUUAGUAAUAUCAAUAGAAUAAUCAAUGAAGAAAAAAUUAUAUAAAUGAGUGAACCAAAUGCAGUUUACGAUCUGAGCAAUCACUAUGGCUUACCAUCGGACGUAGCACAGGAAGCGUACGAGUUAUUUAUGAAACUUGAUCGUAAUCGUAGUGGUUCAAUUACAUUAGACGAAAUACAAGAAUGUCUGAAACUUGCGAAAAUACAAAUGGUCCAUACUAAUAGUGAUAAGACGCUCCUUAAAUUUAUGGAUUUCAAUGAAGAUGGUACUGUAUCAUUGAAUGAAUAUAUGAAGUUUAUGGCUGCUAUUCAUCGUAAUGAAUAUCAGGAGUUUAAAUUUCUUACUGAUGAUGUUAAACAGUGA